UAAUUGAUAAGUUCAUAACAGUUCGUGUCAGUUUAUUUCGUUUGUUUUUGUGUUUAAGAUCAGCAGUACACGUGGUUUAUUCUACAUAAAAUAAUAUUAUUUUAUAACAGAAAAAUACCAAUAUGUCAUUUCGUGGUCGCGGUGGCGGUGGAGGAUUUGGUAGAGGUGGUGGAGGAGGAUUUGGAAGAGGAGGUGGAGGAUUUCGUGGUGGUAGAGGCGGACGUGGAGGUGGUGGAGAUAGAGGUUCAAGAGGGUAUGAUCAAGGCCCUCCUGAAACAAUCUCUCCACUAGGUCGUUUUACAUGGACUGCACAAGAUGAUCUUGUUGCAAAAGUUGAUAUUGAACAAGUUCCCUUUUUCAAUGCACCUAUCUUUACAGAAAAUAAACAACAAAUAGGAAAGAUAGAUGAAAUAUUUGGAAAUAUUAGAGAUUAUUAUGUAUCAAUAAGAUUAUCAGAAAACAUUAAAGCAUCUAGUUUUGAAAAGAAUACACAGCUUUUCAUAGAUCCAGCAAAAUUGUUACCUUUGCAAAGGUUUUUACCGAAACCUCCAGGUGAAAAAAAGAGAGGAGGUGUCAGUGGUGGACGUGUGAGUAAAGGAGGACGCGGUGGACGAGGUGGUAGAGGCGGAGGAGGAGGAGGAGGAGGAGGAAGAAGUUCGUUCGGUAGAGGUGGUGGCGGUGGUGGUGGUAGAGGAGGAGGAGGAGGAGGAUUUAGAGGAGGUUCACGAGGUGGUGGUGGUGGAUUUGGACGUGAUUCUGGUAGAGGAGGACGUGGUAGAGGAAGAUGGUAAAUUGUAAGAUAUUUUAGAUAAGAUGACAUUAAUUUUUAUAUAUAAAAAUGUAUUUGAACUAAAACAAAUAUAAAGUAUUGUAUAAUUUUAA